AUGUCCGCUGUUGAGCGAUCCGGAACUUCCACGCCGCUCUCAUCGACGAGCACACUCUCCGUCCCGACCUCGCCGAAGCUCCAGGCUGAGCUGCUGAAGGAAAAAGACGUCGCGAUCAAGAGCGCACUCAUCUCCGCAUCCACCGCCGUAGAGUUCAUCGCGUCGCGCGCGAGCUCCAGCUCGUCCGUCUUCGUCUACGACCUCGCAGAGCAUGUCGGGUUUGGUUCCUUCACCAAAUCCUGGGCGGGCUCCGGCAGCGACGUCGCGUCUGUUAUCAGCCUGCAGACGAGGGCGGGUGCGGGCCUGAGUCUUGUCGGGAGGCUCUCGCAGGGAACGAGCAAGGAUGCGGCGAGAGGUGCGGUCCUCACUGCGUACACUACCCCAUCCGGCCUGGCUGCUAUGGUGCAGUCACUCUCGUAUCUCCCCUCGCCCACCGCGAGCAGCAGAUUGAUCCUCCAAGUCCCGACCGUCACGCCCGUCGGCGAAAGCUUCGCACUGUCGCCCACACUCGCGUCCUUCACACCAGCGCUCGCGAUCCUCCCGGAGAGCUUCGCCGUGAUCCUCUCAGCAACCCCGCGCGAGACCGUAGACCUCACCACGCUCUCGUACAAGCUGACCGACUCUCACGUCAUCCAUUUAUUCGACCAUCACAGCGCGGCGCGCGAAACCGGCCAUGUCGUCACUCCCACCCUACCCGAACCCGAGCCGGGCCUCUCUGUGAAGGAGGGUCUGAGCAAGGCGGGGUAUAGCGCCUUCGACUAUGCCGGCGACCGUGACGCCAGCACUGUCCUCGUCCUUCUGAAUGGGCCUCUCGCCCUCGCCGCUAAGGCGUUCGCGUCCCGCGUCUCCGGGUUGGGUGUCCUCGUCGUGCGCAUGCUCCGCCCAUGGGACGAAGAGGCCCUCCGCGCCGCACUCCCUGCUUCCGUCAAGCGCAUUCAUGUCCUGGACGACGUCCCCACCGAAUCCGCCCAGGGCGCGCUGUACAUGGACGUCUUCUCGUCCUUGCUCGACCCGCUCAGCCCCGGCCCCAUCGUCAAGUCGCAUCGCAUCGUCCCCAGGCGCACGCAGGAGUUCCUCGAGAAGCCGGCCACGUUCGCUGAAUUUGUGUCCGAGCUUGCGCAGGUCAAGAUUGCGCCGGCGCUGGGGCCCAACACAGGGAAGAAAGUCGUGUUCUUCAGCACCCCGGGCUCGCCGCUGUCCUCGCUCCCGCGUGCAGUGGAGCAGACUUUCGUGGUUCGCAACGUCCUCUCGGCGCGUCUGCUUACCGAGUACGACGUCUUCUCCAAGCCGGGCGGUAUUGCGGCAGACCGCCUCGUUCUUUCGCGGAAGGACGACACAGCGCCGUAUGUCCCUGUAUCUCUCGCCCUCCCGCUAACACCGGAGAGUGCCGGCGAGGCGGACUUUGUCGCGGUUCUUGACCAAGCACUCCUCAAGUCGCAUGCAAUUGUCUCGCACGCUGUCCGUGGCGCUCCUGUCCUCGUGGCUACUUCGUGGACUGCGGAGGAGCUAGUCUCCAGCCUGCCACCCUCGACGAUCUCUAUCAUCCGCGAGAGGAAGCUGCGCGUCUGCACCAUCGACCCGAAGGCUCUCGUUGCGAGCACUGGUGAGAGCGAUCCAGCGGCGUUGGAGGCGCUCGAGAACGCCGUGCUGCAGGUCGCAUUCCUCCGCUUGUACCUGGGAGGGGCUGCCAGCGAAGAGCUGGUCAUCAAGCUUGUUCGCGCUACCGUCGGCGAUCUCGUGCAGGGCGUGUCCCUCGCGAAGUUGGGUGACUGGGCGUGGAAUGGUCUCGUCGAAGUGGAGAUCCCUCCGCCUGAGCAGACCGACGAAGCUGAAACCUCGAAGGCUACCGAGCUCAAGAAUUUUACGUUUAACGCCAUCGCCGUCGAAACGGACGAGGGCGAGACCGUCGUCAACGGCGCGCGCCUCGGGUCAUGGCACGACGCUGCGAAGCACAUCAUUUUCCCCUCGGCCUUCACGCCGCCCGAUUUGCAGUCCUCCUCCUCGUACGACGACCCGCACGCGCGCAACCCUGCACUGCAUCCCGAGGUGUCCGACCGGACGUACCUCGUCACCUGCACGGUGAACCGGCGGCUGACGCCGCUCGACUACGACCGGAACGUGUUCCAUCUCGAGUUCGACACGCGCGGGACAGGGCUCAAGUACGAGAUCGGCGAGGCGCUCGGCGUGCACGGGUGGAACGACGCGGACGAGGUGCUCGAGUUCUGCGCGUGGUACGGCGUCGACCCGAACAGGCUCAUCACGAUCCCCGUCCCGACCUCGGACGGCACGCGCAUGCACACGCGCACGGUGUUCCAGGCGCUCCAGCAGCAAGUCGACCUGUUCGGCAAGCCGGGCAAGCAGUUCUACACGGAGCUUGCGGAGUAUGCGACGCAGAAGGGCGAGAAGUAUGCGUUGCGGUUCAUUGGCAGCCCCGAGGGUUCGGCGACGUUUAAGAAGCUGAGCGAGAAGGACACGGUGACGUUCGCGGAUGUGCUGAGGAGGUAUCCCAGCGCGAGGCCGGGAGUCGAGGUGCUGUGCGAGCUCGUGGGCGAUAUUAAGCCGAGGCAUUAUAGUAUCGCGAGUGCGCAGGCUGUUGUUGGUGACCAGAUUGAUCUAUUGGUCGUUGCUGUGGAUUGGGCGACGCCAACGGGCACUCCUCGCUAUGGUCAGUGCACGAGGUAUCUCGCAGGGCUUAAGCCUGGCCAGAAGGUUACUGUCUCCCUCAGGCCGAGCGUCAUGAAGCUUCCUCCAGACAACAUGCAGCCCAUUAUCAUGGCCGGUCUCGGUACUGGCGCUGCACCCUUCCGCGCGUUCCUGCAGUAUCGCGCCUGGCUCAUGUCGCAGGACAUCCCAGUCGGACCGACGUACUACUACUUCGGCUCGCGUCAUCGGUCGCAGGAGUAUCUGUACGGCGAGGAGCUAGAAGCAUUCCUGACUGAUGGUGUGAUCACGAAGGCGGGACUGGCGUUCUCGCGGGAUGGGCCGCACAAGGUGUACAUUCAGCACAAAAUGAAGGAGGACGCGGAUGACCUGGCGCGGAUGCUGUGGGACGAUAACGGCGUGUUCUAUUUGUGCGGGCCGACGUGGCCUGUGCCGGAUGUGUAUGAAGCGUUGGUGGGGGCACUGGUGAAGAGGACGGGUCAGGAUGCGACGCGGUCGGGUGCAUUCCUGGAGGGCUUGAAGGAGGAGGAGCGCUACGUCCUUGAGGUGUACUAA